AUGUCCUCGGGCUGGCGGCGUGGGCUGGGCCUGCCCUGCCCGCUUUGGGAGGCGAAGGCGCUUGACGACAUCUCGCAGGUUUUACGGUUCGCCGGUCGAGGGAAGUUGUUGUAUGAUACCCGGCUCACCCCCACUUUGCAGUGGCUAGAGCCCCGUUCGCACUGGUCCCGCGCCGCCUACCCGACAACAUCCGAAGGGAGGGACGCUGAGCCCUGGGAAGGGGAGGGGGAUUUGCCCAAGGGGCCCUGGGGGCGCGUCCGUGGCAGAACCCCCCGGGGGACGGGAGAGGGCCCCGCGCCCUCCCAAGUCCAAGGGUGGCUCCGUUUCUGGCCCCUGCGGGCGGUCUCUGGGUGCCAGGCGAGCCAAGAGCGUCCGCCCACCUGGGCCAGGUGUCAGGUUGCGCCCAUCCCACAAACAUCGAGGCGGGGCCCGGCCAAGCUGCGCCGCUGCUGCUCCUGCUCAGGUGCUGGAGGCGGCAGAUCUGGCUCUGGCUGGCCGGACGCCGUCCUCCGUCGUCGUCGUCUAAUCCUCCUGCCUGCCUCGACGGCAGCCUGGCUUCCCCGGCGCAACUGCUACUGCGGCGGCUUCGGCGAGCGGAGGAUCAUGGGCAGCCCCGUGGAGCGGCGCCUGGCCGGGUUGCGGGAGUUGCUCUCGGCGCAGCCGGGCGAGGGGACCACGGCGGACCCGGGGCUGGAGGCUCUCCUCGACCUGCUGCUGUGCGUCCACCAGGAAUGCAGCGGCGCCCCCCUGCGGCGGGAGCGGAACGUGCAGCAAUUCCUGGCCUGGGCUUCCCCUUUAGUAACCAAGGCGAAGCACCUGAAUCUGCGACGAGAUGACUUUGAGAUCUUGAAAGUGAUUGGACGAGGGGCUUUUGGAGAGGUGGCAGUAGUGCGAAUGAAGGAGACAGACAAGGUUUUUGCGAUGAAGAUUCUGCACAAAUGGGAAAUGUUGAAGAGGGCUGAGUACCUUGUGAUGGAUUACUAUGCAGGAGGUGACCUGCUCACCCUCUUAAGCAAGUUCGAGGACCGCCUGCCUGAGGACAUGGCCUGUUUCUACGUGGCCGAGAUGGUCCUGGCCAUCCACUCCAUCCACCGACUCAGAUACGUCCACAGGGAUAUCAAGCCAGACAACAUCCUCAUUGACACAAACGGGCACAUCCGCCUGGCUGACUUUGGCUCCUGUCUGCAGCUGCGUCCUGAUGGCACGGUGGUGUCUCCGGUGGCAGUAGGGACUCCUGAUUACAUUUCCCCUGAGAUCCUGCAGGCCAUGGAGGACAGGAAGGGGAAAUACGGCCCAGAAUGCGACUGGUGGUCACUGGGGGUCUGCAUGUAUGAGCUGCUUUUCGGGGAGACGCCCUUCUAUGCAGAGUCCCUGGUGGAGACUUAUGGCAAGAUCAUGAACCAUGAGGACCACCUGCAGUUCCCCGCCGACAUCACGGACGUCUCUGAGGGUGCCAAGGACCUCAUCCGGGGGCUGCUGUGUCGCCAGGAGUUGCGCCUUGGCCAGAAGGGCAUUGAGGACUUCAAGAGGCACCCUUUCUUUGAGGGCAUUGACUGGGACAACCUCCGCAAGAGCACACCACCCUACGUGCCCGAGGUGACCAGCCCUGCCGACACCUCCAACUUUGACGUGGAUGACGACACGCUCAAGGAGUCGGAGACGUUGCCGCCGGUGUCUCAUGCUGCUUUCUCUGGCCACCACCUUCCGUUCGUUGGAUUCACCUUCACGUCUGGAGGCCCCCUUUUGGAGAGGCACCCGGCCUCCCCCUCGAGCAGCUCCAGCUCCAUGCGGCUAGAGAAGAGGAUCCGGACCCUGGAACGUGAGAAGCUGGAUCUGGCUCGUAAGCUGCAAGAGAAUCGGUUGGAGACUGCAGAGGUCCAGAGGCAGCACCUGGACAGGGUGGCAUCAGGGCAGGUGAAGACUUUGGAGGAGCGACUGAAGAUACUGGAGCGGGAGAAGAAUGAGGCCCUUCAGCAAGUCGAAACAGAAGGGGGGAAACCCAACCUUAAGAAGCAACAAAAUUGGGAACUGGCUGAGGCCCAAGAGCAGAUGCAAGCUCAGGCUUGGGAGCUGCGGGAAGAACAAUGCCGGCAGAAGGAGACGGGCCAGGAGUUACACCGAGCAGAGGCCAAGUGUGGGGAACUGCAGGCCCAGCUGCUGCGACACUCCAAGCAGUUGCGGGAACGGCAGGAGGAGACGGAAUCUGCGGCGCGGCGAGUGGAAGGGCUGCGCAAAGAACUGGCCCGCACGGAGAGUGGCCGCAAGGAGCUGGAGGCUCGGAUCGAGGGUCUAAUGAAUGAAGUAUCCAGGCAGCGGAGAGGGAAGGAGAAGGCGGAGCAGCAGCUGAGGAAGCUGAAGCAGGACUUGGAGGAGUCCAGGGUGAAACAAGGCACGGCCCCUUUGCAGGCUCCUGGAUCCAGGCGAGCCACAGUUGGUUCAUGUAACCCCAAAGAAGAGGUGCGUGCCCUGCGGGCGGCACUGCAGGCAAAGGAGAAGCAGCAGGUGGCGCUCCAGGGUGAGCUGGCUGUGCUCCGGGAACAGCUGGAGAAAGCCAAGUCGGAGCGAUGGAAAAACCUGGACCCAAAAGACCAGAACAAAGAGUUUGCAGCCGGCAGCAGCCGAAGCACCUUACAAGUUUGGGACCAGGUGGACUCAUCUGGUGCUGUCGACCACAGCCUGGAUCAGGACCCGUGCACCCUGGAGUCUCGCAAGGAAGCCUUUGCCAACUGGGAGAUGCAAAUCACUGACAUCUUGCGGUGGGUGAAUGAUGAAAAGGAAUCGAGGGGCUACCUCCAGGCCAUGGCCACGCGCAUGAUGGAGGAAGUGGAGAGCAUGAAGCAGGCUGGUGCGCAGAGCCCUGGGCCAAAGACGCCGGACAGCCUUUGGAAAGCUCGGCGCCUGCAGAAAGUGGAGGCCUCGGCCAAGCUGGAGCUGCAGUCAGCGUUGGAGGCCGAGAUCCGGGCCAAGCAAGGUGUCCAGGAGGAGCUCGACAAACUGAAGGUGGCCCAUGUGGCAGCCGAACGCCAGUUGCAGGAAGCAGAAAAGCAGAACCGGGGGCUGCGUCUGGAGCUGGAGAAGCUGAAGGGGGAGAUGAAAGCCCAGUCGCUGGAAGGUAUCAAGCACCAAGGCCCGCUCAUCCCCUUCCUCUCUUUCCGAAGCGCCAAUAAGGAUGCCAUUGCUUUUGGUGGCUCCCCGGAGACCCAGGAGACCCAGAAGCCCACGGAAGACGAGCAGCUGCACUCUGAGGGAAGGAGAAGCCUGCGGUCCAGUGUGCCUCCAGCCCAGAGGGUGGUGGCCACCACAGACAACAGCAACUCCCUGAAGCCUAAAUCGCACAGCUUCAAAACACACAACUUCUCCACACCCACCAAAUGUAUGCGCUGCACAUCACUGCUGGUUGGGCUGGUCCGGCAAGGCUUGGCUUGUGAGGCCUGCAACUUCGUCUGCCAUGGUUCCUGUGCCGGGGGUGUCUCCAUCUGCCCCGCACCGCCUGAACAGCUCCAGAAAACCAUGGGGGUCAACCCAACGACUGGAACAGGGACAGCCUUUGAGGGGUUCCUGUCGGUGCCAAAGCCUGCUGGGGUGAAGAAGGGUUGGCAGAGGGCUUUUGCCGUCAUCAGCGAUUUCAAGAUUUUCCUGUUUGAGGUGCCAGAGGGAAAGACUUGGCAGUGCGACGUGGGCGUCAUGCACGUCACAGAUAUGAGGGAUGAGAAUUUCUCGGUGGCUCCAGUUCUGGCCUCUGACGUCAUCCACGCCAACAGCAAAGAUGUGCCCUGCAUAUUCCGGGUGACGGCCUCCCAGCUGAGCUACCCCACCACCACCAGCUCUGUGCUUUUCCUGGCCGACAGCGAAGCUGAGAUGAGGAAGUGGGUGCAGGUGCUGACCGAACUGCACCACAUCCUGAAAGAGAACCGGCACCAUGACCGAACGGUCUACAUCCUCAAGGAGGCCUACGAUAACAGUCUGCCCUUCAUCCCCCAUACGCUCUCAGCAGCCAUCAUAGACCGGGAUCGAAUCGCCCUGGGUACAGAGGAUGGCCUGUUUUUGAUUCACCUUCGAACAAAUGAUGUGCUGCAGAUUGGCGACUGCCGGAAAGUGCAACUCCUUCUGGUCUCACCGCAGGCCCAGCUGCUGUCCGUGUUGUGUGGCAAGAACCACAGCGUCCGCAUCUUCUCUUGGGCUGAGCUGGAGACCCCGGAAGCUGUGGGGACCAAAGUAGUGGAGGCCAAGAGCUGCCAGGCGGUGGUCACGGGUCUCAUUUGCCGCAGCACGACCCCUGUGCUGUGCGUGGCCUGCAAGCGCCAGGUCCUGUGCUUCCAGCUGACAGCCACUCGUCCUCCACACCGGCGCAUCAAGGAGAUUCAGGCUCAGGGCUACGUGCAGUGCCUGGAUGUCCUGGGAGAUCGCCUCUGCGUGGGCUACCCAUCUGGCUUCUCCCUUUACCCUCUGCUCAACGAGGGGCCGCCUGUGAACCUUCCCCAUGCCGAGGACCCCCGGACGUCAGCUGUGGCCCAUAUGGAAGCUCUCAAGGCCGUGGAGGUCAGCCUGAGCGAGCUGAUCCUUUGCUUCAGCGGAUUUGGACUCUACGUGGAUGGGCAUGGGCGAAGGAGCCGCCCCCAGGAGCUGAUGUGGCCCGCUCCCCCCCUCAGCUGCUGUUACAACGCUCCUUAUUUGUCAGUGUUUAGUGAGAAUGCUGUGGAUGUGUUUGACGUCCGGAAAGCGGAGUGGAUUCAGACAGUGCCAUUGAAAAAAGUACGUGCGCUGAACCUCGAGGGAUCCCUUUGCAUUUUUGGUACCGAGAAAGUGCGCCUGACCUACCUCAGGAACAAGUCAUUAGACCAAGAUGAGUUUGAAAUCCCUGAGACGACAGACAACAGCCGUCGGCACCUCGUGAGAACUCGGCACAAGCGCCGCUUCUCCUUCCGCAUCUCCGAGGAGGAGCGGCAGAACCAGAGGAGGGAGAUGAUGCGGGACCCUACCCUCCGCUCCAAGCUCAUAUCCAGCCCUAGCAACUUCAACCACCUUGUCCACGUGGGUCCAGGCGAGAAACAACAUAAGCUGCAGGACUUGCUCGCGGCUCAGGAAGAGAAGAAACAAGAGGCCCAAGCCCGUUUGCGCUGCAGCAGCUUUUCCGAGAUCCGUCGGCCAUCUUCUUCAGGCAGCGAUAGCACCGGGACAGGAGACUCCUCCUCGAGAAAGUACAAGUUGGGUAGUUCCUUGUCAGAGGACUCCUUCACAUCUCCACUGAGUUUUUCUUCUGGCAUUGACAUGUUGGUUAAGAUCUCCGAUCGGACACGGAGCCACCCUCCCCACAGCAACUCCAGCCAGGAAAGCACCAACUCAUGACGGGAUGGGCUGCCGAAACUACUGCCGCUGCAUGCCUUUGGCCGCACUGCUUCUUACAGCCAAAACGGGUGCCUCUUCAGGGAUUCUUCCAAGGCGGCAGAGAGACAGUGGUUGAUGGAGACCUACAUUUCCCCUUGCCCGCCUGGAGGAAUAACCGCCCCCCUCUGCCAGAUGGCGUGGGAGGAAGAGGAAAGCAGCACGGCAGGCUUCGAAGAUGGCCUGGGGCUCACAGCAAGACUUGCGCCAGUAGCCUAAGCCAGCCUGCCCCCCACCCCCCCACACACACACCCCAUGCACCGCUCAUAUCUCAGGGAAGGCAGCGGCAUGGCCCGGUGGCUACUGCCUACUCUUGCUUCUCAAUGGCAAUGAAAGUAGCACGACCAGAAUCUCAUCUUCCCCACUUUUCCCACUGCCGCCGCAACAGCAGGGGAAGGGGGAGCCCUGCUUUGGGAACAAUAUUUCCAAGAGCGUUACGGGUGUUUUUUUUUUUUUUGAAAAGCUAAUCUAGUUUCUGCAGUAUUUUUAAACAGAGGAAGGGAGAACCACCCCAGCACGAGUUGGGAUGAGGUUGGGGCAAAAAAAAAAA